AAAGGAAGCGAGACAGCGGCACCGGUUCUCUAUAGCAACUGCGGCUGCAGGCGAGGCAGCGAGCUCCGCAGCCAGCCACGCCGGUUUCCUCAUCUUCCAGAAUCACCUUGACCACACUGUGGCUAAUUGACCUGGCAGCUGGACCCACCCACCUAAAACCUCAGGAAAGUCUCUUUUGUGGACUGCCCUCAUAUCCAAGGCCUUAUUUGUUGUCCAAGCCACUGGAGAAAAUGAUGUGAUAGAGUCCACAUUGAGGCUCUUUUUGGAAACGUGCCCACUCAUCCCACAAAGAAAGUGGCUUUUUUUCUUGCCUUGCAGAACAGACAGUUUCCAAUUCAAAGAUGCCAGCCAAGACACCGAUUUACCUGAAAGCCGCCAAUAACAAGAAAGGAAAGAAAUUUAAACUGAGGGACAUUUUGUCUCCAGAUAUGAUCAGCCCUCCACUAGGGGAUUUCCGACACACGAUUCACAUUGGAAAAGAGGGACAGCAUGAUGUGUUUGGGGAUAUUUCAUUUCUUCAAGGGAAUUACGAGCUGUUACCCGGGAACCAAGAAAAAACAAGGGUUGGCCAGCUCCCUGGGCAUACUGAGUUCCUAAGGGCAAACAGCACCUCUGACUCCAUGUUUUCAGAGACACCUUCUCCAGUGCUCAAAAAUGCCAUCUCACUGCCUGCCAUUGGUGGUUCCCAAGCUCUUAUGUUGCCCUUAUUAUCCCCUGUGACAUUUAAUACCAAACAGGAUUCUUUUGGGCCCUCAAAGCUCCCAAGGCUUAGUUGUGAACCAGUCAUAGAAGAAAAAAUUCAGGAGAAAACCAACCACGUGGAGAAUGGGACUAUGCACCCUGAGGACACCCCAUGGAAAGGCAAUGGUAUGGCAUCCCACUACAGUAAUGGCAGAGACAGCCACUCGUCCAGUCUCUCUGAACAGUACAGUGACUGGCAAACAGAGGAUAUGUUUGACAGUUCUGUUCCAUGUGAACUCAUCAAGGAGAAGACAGACUCCGAAGAAUCCCUCUCUGAGCUCACGGGCUCCCUGCUCUCCUUGCAGCUGGACCUCGGACCCUCACUUUUAGAUGAGGUUCUUAAUGUCAUGGAUAAAAAUAAGUUAUAGGACCGCAGGCACAUUGUCGAUGGUACUGACAAGCCAAAAGCAACCCCAGUGGAAGGAAAUGUACAAAGAGCUUCACUAGUUGUAUUUGCAGUUAUGCAACAGGUUUUCUAAAAAUAAGUGUUCCUAAAAGAUAUUUUUUUACCUGUUAUGUUGUUUACUGUUUGAUAUGCUCAUAGUUCUCCUUGCAAAACAGAAGAAAUGAGUCAGAACCAGUUUUCUGCAGGCAUUCUUGAUGAGCAGAUCAAAAGUUUGCUAGUCAACAAACAAGGAUUCUGGUUAGGGAUGGCACUUGGUAAGACUGCCUGCCUCAGUCAUCAUAAGGAACUUUGCAGUACCCUGAUGUUUUCCAAGUGUUAUCAGAGAAGCAGCAUAGGGAGGGAAGAAGGAAACAUUAAUUCUCUCCCUCUUAUUUAAAAUCUAAACUUUUUUCUCUCAGUAUAGAGAGUUUUCUAAGAAUUAUUAUCUGUUUGGGCUGCACUACACUGUAGCUAGGUCUUCAGUGUUAAACUAUUUGUAUGGUUUCAUAUUUGAACAACUUUGUGGGGUUGGGAUUUUUUUUUCUUUGCAGUUCAUAUAUCCCUAUAUAUUCUAUAUCUCAGAUUUUUGGACCGUCAAAUACAUGUUGGGAAGAUGACUCAAGCAAAGUAUUACUGUAACUAAAUUAUUUUUAAAGUUAAAAUAUAUUUUUAUGUGCCUUUGGCUUUUUAUUGCAGAGUCUACAUUUUAUAGGAAUUGCAUCCAAAAGUCAUCGCUUGCCUUGUUUCUGUUGGGGGGAUCCAUUGUAAACCGUAUAUGUGUGUGCGUGUGUGUUUUGAGAAGAUGUAUUAAUACUUAGCAUUAUUUUUGUUUCUUCAUCUAUUAUCACAUAAGCACAUAGCACUGCAAACAACAGGAUUGUAAAGUUUAAAAAAAAAAAGGCACUGGUUAUAUUCACUGAUGCUUCUGCAGAGACUGAGCUGCCCGACCUAAUGUUUGGGGAAAUGUGGCUCUUGAUACAAUACUUGCAUUAACUACAUAGGUAUUUCAUGCAACACAAUAAAAAGUAAAUGUUCAAAGGA